AUGCUACUGGCCGGCUGCACAAUGAUUGCUCUCAUUGGAAACAUUAUCGUCUACGCCUGUGAAAGCACAGGAGUCCGCCUCUUCGGUCUCUACCUCUUUGUUGCCUACGCGGCAGGUAUCCCGAUGACUCUCUCCAUGGUCUCGUCAAAUGUUGCUGGCUUUACCAAAAAGGCGACCGUCAGUGCAAUGAUGUUCAUCGCCUACUGCACAGGGAAUAUCGUCGGUCCAUUCCUGUUUUUCGAGCGUGAAGCUCCAGGUUACAAGUACUGGGGCUAUCAUGGCGGAUGGAAAACUCACGGAGAGAUCGGGUAUAUGGGCCAGCGACUCUUGCACCUACGAAUAGUCCUAAAGAGCCCGCUCAAGGGAUUGCUGUGGCGAGGGAGGAUCUGA